GACUUUCUUUGUUCCACAAUUUAUCCUCACAUAUCCGCCAACUGCCAGCUCCGCUCUCUUCUCCUUUCUACUCUUGUAUACCAGCUCAACCAACUUCCCAUAUUUGAUCCAGACUCUAGCACUAUAGGCACUGAGAUGUGUCGAAAUCUCCCUCCUGAUUUAGCCAUGGAUAUGAUCUAUUGGUGCAUGUCACCGGAGACAUUUCUUACUAAUCUUGGAGAAUUCGAUCAGGCCGCUGCUAUCGAUUUUGCUAAUUUGGGAAAUAUUUGUGAGGACGCCGAUGGGACAGAUAAUCAAUUCGUGAAAACGGUAGCGAAGGCAGGGGAGGACGAUGAUUAUGAUUACGAUUCUUGUCAGGAAGAUGAGGAUGAGAUAUACAGUGAGGUGAUGAGGAACGAAGAAAAUGGAAUCGAUUUUCAGGUUGGCUACUCGGAUGAAAAAUAUAGUGAAGAAGAGGACUAUUUUGGCCAUCCAUCUAAUAGUGCAAGUUAA